GCGGGGGCUGCGCUGCGCCGGUGCUGGGCCCGGCCCGGCCGCCAUUUUAAUGUGCGAUGGCAGCAGAGGUGGCCGAGGCGGGACAGCCUGUGCCGGGCCCUCCCGCGAUCGGAAAGCUCGGUGCCCCGUCCUCUGUACCAGGCCUUUGACCGAGCGAUGGCGUUUGGUGCCCUUGCUCCUGCUGAGCCUUUGAACCAAUGCAGGGAGAGGCAAUUGAUGGACUGGAGGAGAAGCUGGCACGUUGCAGACAGAGCAUGGAGGAGGUGGAUCUUAAACUGCGCAGGGAGAAGCUCAGCCUUGAAGGAAGAAAGUCACUGGAGAGAGAGAGAAACUUCCUAAUGACCAAAGCAGACAACUAUGAGAAAGAACUGAGUGUGCUUCGUAAGGAGAAUCGCAAGAAUGCUGCCCUUGCUGUGGCCAUGGGGUUGCUGAUUGCUCUUAUUUACGCCUGCUGGACAAUGUGAUUGCACUCAAGAAUUCUCCCUGCUGACCAAAUGACUCUCCUGCAAGGAGCUCUUCUGCCUCUCACCACUGUGCCUCCCCCAAGGGUGAGGAUCAGCAUUUCAAAUUGCUGUUCUUGUUUAUCCUUUCCAAGCCUCAUUGUAGGGAAGCUUUUUCUCUGAUGAUUGAGGGGGACAGAAGACAAACCAGAAAUAGCAGCACACCUGCAACUGGAAACAGGGUCAAGCAGAGCUUAAGGUGCUGUCUUACCCAAUAUGCAGUCAAGACCAUCCAGCCAAUAUGCAGGAAGACAAUACAUUCUCCCUUUUGAAGAGGACCUCUAUGGUUGCAGACAAGUGCUCUCUGCCUAGCCCAGUCAAUACAGGCCACCACCUUGGUUCCUGUGACUCAGCCAUAAGCUGAAAGGACACCAAGCUCUUUGAAUCAAAGGGUAUUGUGACCUAAAGACUCCAUGUGUUCCCAGAGCUGAGCUAAACAAAGAUGCUUACUCUUCCACACUGACUUACAGGACCAAAGGAAUCCUACCUCCACAAAAACAGAUGAGAGGUAGGUACCUCUUUUUCUGCAAGCAGGUACCAUCUAACUUGAGAUCUGAGUGCUUGGGCUUUGAGAAGAUCUACCUACCCCUCCAGUGCAUCAGAGCUUGGUCGCCAUUUUGUGCCUCUGAGAAUCAACACUUGCAGAAGAGAAUUUACUGUCGACUCCCAGGGAUGGAAGUGCCUCUGCAAGGCUUUAAAUAAAAUAAUUUGACCUUGUAA